UAAUUUAUGAAUGGUUAGUAUAAAAAGGUGCUGAGGCAUGCUAAACAUUGUUCAGGUUGAACAGAUAAGUAGUACAAAAUGAACGCUGCGUUUUUAUCAUUUUUCUUAGUGUUCUUGAUAGCCCUGUGUGUGAGAGGAGAAGGAGAGGAGACAUGUGGCCUGGCUAAAAUGAAGUGCAAAGAAAAUCAGUAUUGCUUCAGGCCUAGUAAUCUGAAGCUUGACAUUGAUAUCGGUGUUUGUCUGCAUUAUUUAAGAAAGGGAGCUGUGUGCACUGAAGAUCUUCUGUGCAGUCCUGAAUUGGAAUGUAAAGAAGUGAACUCAAUCAUAAAAUUCAAAACAUGCCAAGAGCCCUCUGAUCAGACGACAGAAGAUGAAAUCUCAACUCCAGAUACAACAAUAAUUCCGGAUUUUACAGAUAAUCCACCAGAAGAAUCUACAUUUAAUCCAGAACCUUCAGAUGAACCAGAAGAGCCUGAAACUGAAGAAUCAGAAGAGCGUUAAACAUCAUAGAAGAUUACGACAUUGCUGCUUUCUUUUAUAUUCUAAGUUGUAACACUGAAAGUAAAGAAAAAAAAAUCGUUUUGUUUCCCUUUGAAAAAUAAAUUAUGUUAAUAUUUUGCAAGUAUUAAAACUACAGAAAAAUAAAGAUGCCUUUUAGGUAUAUAA